CGCGGUUUAGCCGCGACGGUCUGGAGACUGCUGGCGUAGGGGGAGGUUCUUAAAAUUUUCAAAAUGGGUGAACCUCAGCAAGUGAGUGCACUCCCCCCACCUCCAAUGCAAUACAUCAAGGAAUAUACAGAUGAAAACAUCCGGAAGGGUCUAGCUCCUAAGCCUCCACCUCCAAUAAAGGAUAGUUAUAUGAUGUUUGGCAAUCAGUUCCAGUGUGAUGACCUCAUCAUCCGCCCUUUGGAGAGUCAGGGCAUUGAACGACUUCACCCUAUGCAAUUUGAUCAUAAAAAAGAACUAAGAAAACUCAAUAUGUCUAUCCUUAUUAACUUUUUAGAUCUUCUAGAUAUCUUGAUUAGGAGUCCUGGAAGCAUAAAACGAGAAGAAAAGCUGGAAGACCUAAAAUUGCUUUUUGUCCACGUACAUCAUCUUAUAAAUGAAUAUCGACCCCACCAAGCCAGGGAGACACUCAGAGUCAUGAUGGAGGUACAGAAAAGGCAGCGCCUUGAAACAGCUGAAAGGUUUCAGAAACACCUGGAACGAGUUAUUGAAAUGAUCCAGAAUUGCCUGGCUUCUUUACCUGAUGAUUUGCCCCAUACAGAAGGAGGAAUGAGGUUAAAAACUGAGCCAAUGGAUACUGAUGACAGCAAAAAUUGUAUUGGACAAAAUGAACAGCGAGAGAAUUCUAGUCAUAGAAGAGACCAGAUUAUAGAGAAAGAUGCUGCUUUGUGUAUCUUAAUUGAUGAAAUGAAUGAAAGGCCAUGAAAGUCUUUUUAAAAUUUGUUGUACAAACUUUAGGGGUGGGAUGGGGGACAGGGUUAUGUAGCCAAAAAUUGUAUGACGUUGUGUCUUGCUUGAUACUCCUGAAACUUGUAUAGAAAUAUAAAUUUGCCUGAUCAUGACAUUAUGAUUUAGAAGGUGGAAUUUUUUUCCCCCUGAUAUAAAUUCUUAACUACAGGUGAACAGAACAGGUAAAAUGUUGCCUAAUGGUUUGAGCUAAAUUCAUAGAUUUGCUUCUUUUUAAAAAAUAAAGUACAGUUGGCACUUUCUAAAAAGAACCAGUUUACCUCUAAGUAAGGUUGCAAAUAGUUCUUUAACUUCUAGUUUCCAUUUUUAGUUUAUUUUAUUGGUCAUGCACAAAUAAGGUUUUAUUUUGAGCUGCAAAAAAUGCCUCAUAGCAUGUUGGAUAUUUAUAAUUACCAUUUAAAUAAUUUUAAAAUGAGUUUAUAGUUUGAGUAAAGUUUUUUCAAGUUAUAGUUUGUAUUCAUAAAAAUCUAAUACUCAGUAAAUCAUCAUGAAGCAAAUAUUUAUUUUAAAACUACAUAAUUUGGAAUAACUUUCCCAAGAAUAAAAAA